CGGCAGCAGGCGACGCUAGUCAAUCAAGUCCGCGGCCUCUCCUCCAGCAGUCGAUUUUUUGCAAUCCACCCCACCCCACCAAUCUCGACUCCAGAGACUCACCUCGCGACGUUGAGGCUGGACAAUACACGACACGAACACGCCCACGACGGAGGCUCGCGGAGUGGAUAUCGCUCGCUUGGGACCCUGAUUGCAACCAGCCUGCUCUGGCCCCUCCAUUGACCCCGUUGCCCCAAGCCCCAGGGGGGCCGAAAUCCGGGGGCUCCAUCUGCCUCCACAGUCGGUCGUUCAUCCCAUCGGAGCUCCGCCAAGUCGCAGUCUCAUCCCAAUAUCACCACCGACGCCGGUUGCGAGAUAAGGGCGUCGAGUCUUUCGUGGGGUUGUGCUGUCUAACAACUACUAUACUUGUUGGGCACACCCGCUGUUGGUUUACUCGCGGACAUCCACGCUUGCGCAAAGCCACCUACAGCACCCCCCACCACCAACAGAAGCAAUGGGUCUCAAGACUCUGGUGAAGCGCUUUGAGCUGCAGAAUGUCUCGGCUUUGACUAACGAGGACGUUCGUCCUUGCGAGGCCGAGCGACGGACGUGGAACUUCCUGGCCUUUCACAACUACUGGCUCCUGAUCAAUUGUAACAUCGCUACGUUCCUCACUGGCAGCGCGCUCAUCCCGCUCGGCCUUACUUGGUGGCAGGCCAUCAUUAGCAUCGUUGUCGGGAAUAUUAUCGCAACCACGGCGCUUCUGCUGAGCUCGUUGGCCGGUGCCUAUUAUCACAUCGGCUUUCCCGUGUACAGCCGUGCCAUCUGGGGUAUCUGGGGCUCCCAGUUUACGAUAUGGAACCGAAUCUUCUUGUCGUUUGUCUGGUAUGGCUUCCAAGCCUGGGUCGGCGGUGAAUGCAUUUACAUGAUCCUGCUUUCGUGGGAUCCCAAGUACGAAUCGCGCAUACCCAACACGAUCCCUGCUGAUACCGGGAUGACCUCUGCGCAAUUUGUCGCCUACGUCAUCUUUUGUGUCAUCAGCCUGCCAUUUCUCUGGAUCCGGCCGCACAGGCUCCAGCCGUUCUUUUAUGUCGCGGCGACGGUAACCUUCAUCUUCUUCCUGGUUUUGCUAAUAUGGGCACUGGCCACCAUGGGACCAACGGGCUUCGGCAGCACCCUCAGCUCGGAGCGCACCAUCCCUCUGACCGGCGGACCCAACAGCACUGCUUGGUUGAUGGUGUACGGCGUCAUGUCCACAGUUGGAUCCAUCGCGGCCGGCAUUCUCAACCAAAACGACUACGCUCGUCUGGCGAAGCGGCCCCGGGAUGCCAUAUGGGGUCAGGCGAUCGCGUAUCCGCUGUAUUGCAACUAUGCUGCUGUGCUUGGCAUCUUGGUCGUUGCGGCGACCCAGCAUCGCUUCGAUGGUGAGGCCAUCUGGAACCCACCCACACUCUUUGUGCGACUCCUGGAAAAAGACCCGAGCUCAGGAACCCGCGCCGCUGUCUUCUUUGCCGGCCUCGCGCUCGUUGUUUCGCAGCUGGGAAGCAGCAUACCGGGCAAUGCGCUGGCGGGUGGCAUUGACCUCGCGUCCACGUUUCCCAAGUACAUCAAUAUCCGCAGGGGCGCGUAUAUCACGGCCCUGAUCAGCCCCGCAGUUAAUCCCUGGCGGUUGGUCAACACGGCCACCAUAUUCUUGACUGUCCUGUCGAGUUACGGCAUCUUUCUUGCGCCAAUGACGGGCAUGAUGACUGCAAACUACCUCAUCGUCUGCAGGCGCAAGUUCAAAGUGGAUGACCUGUACCGCGGAGACAGGAGCAGCAUAUACUGGUACACGUGGGGGGUGAACUGGCGGGCGCCUGUUGCGUGGAUUGUCGGUGUAAUUCCACCGCUUCCCGGCUUUGUCUCACAAGUCAACACAUCGGUCACUGUUACAGACGCGGCCAUAGAACUGUACUAUCUCAACUACGUAUACGGCUAUCUCUCAAGCAUGCUGGUCUAUACGCUUCUGCAUUGGGCAUUCCCAGCCAAGGCGCUGGAUGAGUUCGUGCGCGAGCCCACGUCAGCGGCAACGCUCCAGCAACACUACCGGGACCGCUGGGACUCAGAGGCCAUGGAAGCGGCCGCCCUUGCCAGCUCCGGUGAAGGAAUAUCAGGCAAAGACACGGGAAGGAUGGUGGCGGCGGCGAUUUGAUCUGACCUGGUGGGUGUGCAGGAUGCGAGCCCGUGCAUAUGCAGCCAGUGUGCGCCUAGCCAAUGGGACUGGGCAUGUGCAAACGGGAUGGCCCGGCGACAGGGAGAAUCUACCUUUUGAAGUUCGGCAAACUUUUUCGACCCUUGAGCGACGAAGCUCUUUUUGAUAUCUACUACAUAGUACAUACUAUAAUUGGUUGUCUUUUG